AUGCACCUCUAUUUCAGGACGCAUGCCACGGACUCUCUAUGGAUAAGCUACACUACUCAGGCCAAACAAUACUACUUCAUUGGUGGUAAGCAAUAUGCCUCCCGAUCCGAGUCUGCCGUAACGGCCCGCCUACAGAGUCAACGAAUCCCGAUUCCGUCCUUCACUGGGUGGUUCCCAGGGCAGACCUGGAGUGAAUUCGUGGGCGAGAUCCUGGCCAUCAUGCUGGGCCAGCUUGCCUGUAACUUCCGUCAUGAGGUGCAGGACCAGGAGGGUCUUCCUUGUCGGGUUCUUCGGCUGCCAGAUCUUCAUUGCCCGGGGAUUCUUUCCUCUGAGCCAGAUCCAACGGGUACAUGCGAAGGGCUGUUCGGCAGCUGA